CAAAAGCAAGGAGUGGUUUGUGAGGAAAGAAGAAAUCAAUGGAACAGAACCGAACUCUGCGAUAAACCGCACUUGUGCUUCACCACACACCGAAAGGAGCCAGUCUACGCCUUUGGCGCCUCGUUUUUUGGGGCUCUGGAGAGAUGUACUGACCUAGAAAGUGACUGCGACUGAGCUGGACGGAGGAGUCGUCGCCACCGGGCAGUUUUAAGAGACGCUGGACUGGAAUGUGCUGUGUCUGAAGACGUGGAGCUGCUGUUUUAAUCCACCCUGGAAGACCAUGCUGUCCCUGCUGCUGCCCGCCAUGCUGGUCGUCCAAGCGAUCGCUAUGUUGGAAGUGCGAGUCCCUGAUCAGCCAGUUGUAGCACUGCAUGGCCAGGAUGCCGUACUCAACUGCUCCUUCAACCACACCAGCCCCUUCGGCUUGUCCGAUCUCACCGUCUUCUGGCAGCUCACAGACACCAAGCGUAACGUGUACGCAUACAGGGAAGGAAAGGACCAGCUGGAGGACCAGGCGGAAAGGUUCGCCAACCGUACCAGCCUGUUUCCCGAAGAGCUGGUCAAGGGCAACGCCUCGCUUCUCUUGAGCAAGGUGGUGGUAGCUGAUGAAGGCAGCUACAUGUGCUUCGUCCGCGUGCAGGACUAUGGAAGUUCGGCUUUCUUCCUGCAGGUGGCGGCGCCCUACUCCAAGCCUGUGAUUCUGCUGGAGCCGGAAUCGAACCUGCGCCCGGGCGAUGAGUUGGCAUUGACAUGCCACGCCUAUGGAGGGUAUCCGGUAGCCGGGGUCAUCUGGCAGGACGGCAGCGGGCGCAACCUGACGGACAACAUCACGACCUCUUUUGUGGCCAACGAGGACGGACUGUUCAACAUGAAGAGCAGACUGACCGUCGUGUUGGAGCCAAACUGCACCUACAGCUGCAGACUGGUCAACCCGCUUCUGGCGGACGAGGACUUUGCUGUCGUUACGGUCACAGGUCAGAACAUCGUGUUCCCUCCAGUGGCUCUGUGGGUGACCGUGGGCCUGGCCGUGUGUCUGCUGGUGCUGCUCGUCGCCCUCGCCGCCGUCUGCCGCAGGAAGAUCAAGGAGAGUUGCGAGGAGGCCCGCAGAGAAGCUGAAGAGGCCAAGGAGCUGGAGGAAGAGGAGUCAAAGACAGUCAUGACGCCGCUGAAAAUCCAGAGCUAGACCUCAAAAAAAGACCUAAAAGGAGUGGGGCGGACUCGGCCGGCGGUAGAUGAGUGUGCCAGGUAAUCCUUCUCCACCAAUCCAUCAACCCCGAGACUAUUUCCAGCGCCCCUCGAGAACGCCAGAGCAUCACUGACCAGCAGAUGAGUCCAUCAUCUCCCUCCCCAGACUCCCCGCCUCUAACUUUAAGCUAUUUAAUUCCGAAGGAGAAAAAAAAAAAAAAGGGCUGCUGGCGGUGAUUCGGUGUUUCAUGCAAUUCUUUUUCAGCCGCAAAUCUGCCAGGGUAGUUUUCAUGUGUUGUGACGGUUGACGCGUCUCACAGGAAGCCGGGCGCUCGCCGAGUCGACCCGCGUGCCGUGGCUAUCACUGUUUCUCAACAAAAAAAAUACAAAUCACACAUUGCUGUGACUCCCACUCUUUUUAAUUAGCGUGUCGGCGGAGUAACUCGGAUCUGUCGACGUGUCCCCAUGAAGGAGUUGAACCAAACCUACCCUCCAACCGCACUGAGAAGGGUCCUUUUUAAACGGACAGCAUUGUUUCUAAUGAAAACACCAUGUUGCUUCUUUUCUAGUGGAUUGUUUUGUGCUUUUGACGAUCAACUAUGAUGUUCUGUUUGUUUUAUGCUCUGGUUAUACACACGUGCAAGUCGUGCCAGUGACUAUAUUCUCAUGUGGCAAAUGGAAAUAAAACAGUUUUUGUUUUUUUUUAACUUGUUGCAUUGAUCAUACAUUUUCAUGCAUUGAUUUCAAUGUUCUGCUCUGUUUUUCUGCUCCCAAAACAACU